AAAAGGGUUGUGUUACAACAAACACAAAAAAAAAAAAAAAAAACUAAGUUUGAAAAACUUAGGAGGUUUGUUUCAGAGUGACGAAUCAAAAUGGUGAAGAUAGCUGUUGGUACCUUGGGUGACUCUUUCAGUGUCGCUGCCUUUAAGGCUUAUACAGCAGAGUUCAUUGCCACUUUGCUUUUCGUCUUCGCCGGCGUUGGAUCCGCCAUCGCUUACGGUGCCCUCACGAAGGAUGCAGCGUUAGAUCCGGCGGGGCUUGUGGCGGUGGCGGUGGCGCAUGCAUUCGCACUGUUCGUCGGAGUGUCCGUAGCAGCCAACAUCUCCGGUGGCCAUUUGAAUCCAGCUGUCACUUUUGGAUUGGCCAUUGGAGGCAACAUCACCAUCUUGACUGCUAUCUUGUAUUGGGUUCACCAAUUGUUGGGAUCUAUGGUCGCUUGCUUCCUCCUCAAAUUUGUCACCAAUGCCCCGACCGUUCCGAUCCAUGGACUUGCUUCAGGAGUGGGUAUUUUUGAAGGCAUAGUGUUUGAAAUUGUUGCCACCUUUGGACUUGUUUACACUGUCUAUGCCACAGCAGCUGACCCUAAAAAAGGCUCAUUGGGCAUUAUUGCGCCUAUUGCAAUUGGCUUCAUUGUUGGUGCCAACAUCUUGGCCGCUGGCCCAUUCAGUGGCGGUUCAAUGAACCCAGCCCGUUCGUUCGGCCCGGCUAUUGUAUCUGGGGACUUCACCAACUAUUGGAUCUAUUGGGUUGGCCCAUUGAUCGGUGGCGGUUUGGCCGGUUUGAUCUAUGGCGAUGUAUUCAUCGGCUCAUAUGCUCCCGUCCCUACCUCUGAAAACUACCCUUGAGGAGUUAUUGUGUGUUUCCAGUUUGAUCAUCAUUUGUUUUCUUGUUUUGUUGUGUGUGGAAGUUGUGCCUUUAAUUUUUCUUUCCACUCAGAGAAGGGGCUUUGAUUUGGCUUUUGAUAAUAAUGUAAUUAAUCAGAAAGUUAAAAGUUGAACAAAGCUCUAUUUAUUUGCCAUGGUCUAUGGAAGAAGCAUUAGAGUUCCAAGUUAA